AUGCUUCCAAGAGCAGCUAAUGAAUGUGAAUUUUGCCGCCAACGCAAAGUGAGGUCCAGCGGGGAGCAGCCCUGUCGCGAUUGCGUGAAACAUAAAUGGGACUGUAUUUUUGGGAAUAUCGGCCAUAAACUAUUCUCUGAGGCGUGGAUACUCCCAAAUCCCGAAUACCUCUUUGGGAUGCCUAGGUGGCCUCAGGUACCAAGUGCUUACUGCUCUUAG